UGCUGCCGACCCGAAAUUCGAACAAACCGACCCGACCCGGGUAUUAGCAAAGAGUCAAAAGGACUCCAAAACUUUGAAGUCAAAUUCGGACGGCUUCAAUAAAUCCAAUAAACAUCGUCGUCGUCCCUUCAUCGUCGCAUUUCCAAAUGGACGUAAUUUCUCCAGCGGCGGCGGCAGGUGGCGGCGGCGGCGGCGGCGGCGGAGGUCCGGCGCCGUUUUUGUUGAAGACAUAUGAGAUGGUGGAUGAUACCCAAACGGACGACAUCGUAUCAUGGACUCCGACCGGACACAGUUUUGUCGUGUGGAAUCCACCGGAAUUUGCAAGAAUUCUUCUUCCUACGUAUUUUAAACACAACAAUUUCUCCAGUUUCAUUCGACAGCUCAACACCUACGGCUUCCGGAAGAUUGAUCCAGAAAGAUGGGAAUUUGCCAAUGAGGAUUUUCUGAAAGACCAGAAGCAUUUACUUAAGAACAUUCAUCGUAGAAAACCCAUUCACAGCCAUAGUCACCCUCCAGGUUCCGCAGUUGAUCCAGAAAGAGCUGCAUUUGAGGAAGAGAUUGAUAAGCUUUCACGUGAGAAGUCUGGGCUCGAGGCUAAUGUCGUAAGGUUCAGACAGCAACAAUCUGCUGCAAAACUUCAACUAGAAGAACUAACUGGGCGGGUUGGCAGUAUAGAGCAAAGGCAGGAGAGUUUACUGACAUUUGUCGAGAAGGCAAUUCAAAAUCCGGACUUUGUUGAGCGUCUUGCUCAGAAACUCGAAUCCAUGGAUAUCUCUGCAUUUAGUAAGAAGAGGCGAUUGCCUCAAAUUGACAGCACUCAACCAGUUCAAGAAAGUAUGUCGGUGGACAACCAUAGCAGUUCUAGAGUCGAGUUUGGGAACCUUUGCCAUCAAGACUUCUCAAAUAAGCUCACGCUUGAAUUGUCACCUGCUGUUUCAGAUAUCAAUGUUCUUUCAUGCAGCACCCAAAGUUCGAACGAAGAUGGCGGAAGCCCACAUAGGAGAAUAUCUGAAGGAUGGUCCAGAGAAGUACAACUUCAAACGGGUGGAGUACUGUAUACCCCUGAAGCAAUAGAACUAUCAGAUACAGGGACGUCAUUUACAUUAAAGAUAGAUUCAUCUUUGCCGCGUACUUCAAGCAACGUUGAACACUCGAGACUGCAUUCCUUGCCACAAAGCCUGACAUCCAACGAGGAAGUUGACGGUCACAUUUCCUGCCAACUGAAUCUUUCUUUGGCUUCAUGCCUUUCACAAGUCGAUAAAAAUCAAUAUUCAGAGAGGAUGCCUCAAAUCGGUCAAGAGAUAGGUAAACAUUCUGAAUCACAGUCUGAUGCCAAUGACAAAACCCCUCCUACCAAUGACAAACCUUUGCCACCUUCACACGAUGCAACCGGCAACAAGCAAGGCCCUGCAGCAGCUGCUCCAGUUCGCGUGAACGAUGUGUUCUGGGAACAAUUCCUAACGGAAAGACCAGGCUGCUCGGAUAACGAAGAAGCUAGCUCUAGUUACAGAGGGAACUCGUACGACGAGCAAGAUGAGAGAAAAUCAAAUCAAGGAGUUGCUAGUAACACAAGAAAGGUGCAACAUCUUACCCUUUGAGUAUGUGAAGUUUGUCAUUGAAGACACUUGAAAUUUUCAGUCCUAUACUGAACAAUGGUUUGUAAACUAUAUUGUUGUUUUGAGAUCAUUAUAUGGCUGGCUUUGUAUGUACAAAUAAAAAUAUGAUAAAUAUCCUUCUGAGCAAAUUAGAACUAUUCUUGGUGAAUGAAAUGUUCUGACUGAUUUUCUCUUC